ACCGUAGAAAAGGAGGGUACGGGUUAUAUCUUUCGCGCAAUAGAAUGACUCGUCUUCCUUCGCGCGAAUCCACCGAUGGAUCGCGCGACCGUCGCUUUGAGAUGCGUGCAGUCUGACGAAUGUGAGACAUAGGAGUGCUUUGAGAGCUGUGUGGGCCGCGAUCCAACGGACGACGUCGCCAAAGAUACGACCCGAACCAAGAAAGGGAAACCCCACCGUUUUCUUCACCAUCAAGAGAGGGAGAAAAGAGAGGAUAUCUAGAGAAACAAAAGCAAAACCGCGGUGAGAGAUAUCGAGGACAAGAUCACAGCGCAUGAGCAAGAGAUCUCGAAUCUUGCUAUUUCCUCCACCUGUUUAACCCCAAGAACUACUCGUUCCUCGGAAUAAAUUUAUCCUUCCCCUCCAUCUCCUCUUCUCCUCCUUAAAUCUCGCCUUCCGGCCUCGCAGGGGAAAAAGAUACGAUCCCUUCUAGGGUUAGGGUUUCCGCAUGAUCUAUCCUGUUUUUUGAUCUUUAUCCUGAUCGAUUCCGCCAAUCGGACGGAUCUGGUGUCGUUCCGUUCAGAUUCUUGCCGGUUUCUUGGGCGGAUUUGGUCUCAGAUGAUGGAAUCGUCCGGCGGGAACUCGGAUUCCUAUAGGAGCCAGAGCGCCGGCAGUGGCGGUGGCAGCGGAGGUUCUUCGAGGCGGUACGGGGUUCACUUCUCGACCUCUAACUUCAUCCAGGCGCCGCUGUCCGCGCUUUUGGAGUACUCUGGGAUCUUGCGUCCGAGAUUGAGUCACCAGGAGAACGAGAGCUUGAUAAGUGGAGCUGCAGGUAGUGGCUUGCGAGACCAUGUCUCCGGCCGGCUUGAUGAUUCUGCCGUCGCUGGGGCUGGCGGCGAUGGGGAGGUGACGAUAAGGAUCAUCGGCGUUGGGGAUCAGGAGAAUUUGAGAGUGGGUUCCGGCCAGCCGCAAGCACUGGAUGUUCGUUCGGGGAGAGAGGGGAGUUCCAGUGGUAAUGGUCUUGCUGCUGAGACGAUUCCGGCUAUAUCUGAGAGGCAGGGAGGUGAUGGAGGGAACGAUGGUGGGGUUGGAGAGGUCGCUUCUUCAUCGUCCUCUUCUCUUCCAUCAUCGAUUUCUGCAGUUGGUCCCCAGAGCACGGAGGGUGAGGCGAAUGCUACGGGAGGCAACAAUAGGGAUUCUUCCUACCAGAGAUACGAUAUACAGCAGGUUGCGAAGUGGAUCGAGCAGAUCCUGCCAUUCUCGUUGCUUCUGUUGGUGGUGUUCAUCAGACAGCAUUUGCAAGGUUUCUUUGUCACGAUUUGGAUUGCUGCUGUGAUGUUCAAGUCUAAUGAUAUUUUACGGAAACAGACUGCUCUAAAGGGGGAGAGAAAAAUCUCUGUGCUUAUUGGGAUUACAUUAGUUUUCAUGAUUCAUGUGUUUGCAGUCUAUUGGUGGUACAGGAAUGAUGACCUUCUGUACCCACUGGUCAUGCUUCCUCCAAAGGAAAUACCACCUUUUUGGCAUGCAGUCUUCAUCAUUAUGGUGAAUGAUACUAUGGUGCGGCAGGCGGCUAUGGUUGUCAAGUGUGUGCUGCUGAUGUACUACAAAAAUGGCAGGGGCCGUAACUACCGUAAGCAGGGUCAAAUGCUAACUCUUGUGGAAUAUCUUUUACUUCUGUACCGUGCGUUGUUGCCAACUCCUGUUUGGUACCGAUUCUUCCUUAACAAAGAAUAUGGUAGCCUCUUUUCAUCUCUCACUACAGGGCUCUACCUUACAUUCAAGUUGACAUCAGUUGUUGAGAAGGUUCAAUCAUUUUUUGCAGCACUGAAGGCACUAUCACGUAAAGAAGUGCAUUAUGGGUCUUAUGCAACAACAGAACAGGUUAUUGCAGCUGGUGAUCUGUGCGCUAUCUGCCAGGAGAAGAUGCAUGCUCCCAUUCUGCUGCGCUGUAAACACAUAUUCUGUGAAGACUGUGUUUCUGAAUGGUUUGAGAGAGAACGCACAUGCCCACUGUGCAGGGCGUUGGUUAAACCUGCAGACCUUCGCUCGUUUGGUGAUGGUUCCACAAGCCUGUUUUUCCAAUUAUUCUAGGUUGCACUGGCAGCAAACCAGCAGACCUUCGCUCGUUUGGUGAUGGUUCCGCGAGCCUGUUUUUCCAGUUAUUCUAGGUUACACUGGCAGCAAACUCCACUGAUCACCAAAAUGUCAAACUCUGGUCUGAAAUGAGCAGGAUGACCACAUUCCCUGCUUUGCCAUGCGGCCGAACCAGUGUUUUUGCUGGAAGCGUUACCUAUGAAUGCCACAAAAUUUGUUUCGACAGCUGUUGUGUCCAUAUUCCUGUACCCAAUCUAUAUAGGCCCUUUUUGGGAAAAUUUUAACAGAAGGAGAAGUCCAAUGUCAUGUAUAUGAAUAAACAUGUAAUUUUUAUCAUGGUAUUGUUGAGUGAAAAGUUCUUAAUAUCUAACCCCCUUUGAAAUUA